UGUGCCAGCUGGCCCAGUGAUCAACAACAUGGCGGAGGGACGACUCGCCUCUUACUAUGGCGAGCUCAAGAAGUUCAUUGAGAACUCUAACUACCAAAAGGUCAUAAAGGUCGCUAAUAAGAUUUUAGCAGAGGAGCCCAAGGAGCUGAAGGCCUGGCAGUGCAAGAUUGUGGCACUCAUCAACUUGGACCAAUUUUCUGAUGCUCUUUCUGUUGCCAAGAAGUCAAAGUUUUCAGAUGAAUUGGCCUUUGAGAAGGCAUACUGUGAGUACAGGCUGAACCAAGUCUCUGCUGCUUAUGACACCAUUUGCAAAGCUGCUCAAGUAACAACCCGUGUACAGGAGCUUCAGGCUCAGAUCCUCUACCGUUUGGAAAGAUAUAAUGAGUGUUCUGAUUUGUAUCGACACAUCGUUCACAUUACGACUGAUGACUUUGAUGCAGAGCGUGUGACCAACCUGACGGCUGUGGCUGUGAAUUGUGCAAUAGAUGGAACUAGUGAUGAUGACAACAUUGAUGUUGAUGAAUCAUCAUAUGAAUUGCUGUACAAUGGUGCAUGUCACCUGUUGGCUGCAGGACGAGUUGACGAGGCUCUGACCAAACUGCAGGAUGCAGAGGCCUUGUGUCGCACAUAUCUGACUCAAGAAGAAGGUGCCACAGAAGAGGAAGUCAACGAUGAUGUGGCCAUCAUCAGAGUCCAACAGGGUCACUGUAUGCAGCUGCUGGGACGGGAGCGAGAGGCCCUCGCGGUCUAUAAUAAUGUGCUCAAGUCUAAGCCUGAGGACCCAGCCCUCUUGGCUAUCAUCAACAACAACUUGGUCUCCAUUAAUCGAGCAGCCAAUGUCUUUGACUCGCGCAAGAGGAUGAAGACGGCCAUGGCACCGGGUCUCGAGCACAAACUGACCAGCUAUCAGCGGUCUACCAUUAGCCUCAACCACUGCCUCCUUGCUUACCACACCAAUCAGGAUGAAGUAUGUCGAACAGAGACUCAAAACUUGACAAAGGAGUACCCACAGUUGUCUCUUAAGGCACAGAUGAUUCAAGCAGCCCAGCUGGGACGAGAAGGGAAGCUUGCAGAGGCACGCGCCAUACUCAGAAAAUGUGCUCAGGAUAAUCCAGAUGAUGCUCUUUAUAUCACCCUGGCUGCCACUCAGAUACUGUUAGCUAAGGGAGACAAGAAGAGCGCAUGUGAGAUGUUGAUGUCGUUAGAUGAAAGUGACAAGUACCGCCAAGGCAUCAUCUCUGCCUUGGUUGCUCUUUAUGUGUCACUAGGAGAUCGUGGCAGUGCGUCGGCAGUCCUUAGGCAAGCAGUGGAGUGGCACAAGAAGAAUAGGACAUCAGCAGUGCAUCUGGGUGAGUUAUGGCGGCAUGCAGCAGACUUCCACUUGCGUAGCGGUGAUGCUCCCACAGCUGCAGCUUCCCUCUUGGAACUCCGCAAACUCCACCCUAAGGACGUCAACACACUCGCACAGCUAAUCAGUGCAUAUGCUCGAUAUGAUUUGAGUGCGGCGAAGACGUUGGCACGAGAGCUUCCUCCAAUUAGUGGCAUCGUAGGGAACGUGGAUGUUGACACACUCGAGGCAUCACUAGGUCAUCGCUACUUCAAGAAGAUCCAGCAGUCACGAGGAGAGGGCUCGCCUUCAUCGCCAGCCUCGCCCAAAUCUGCUACGACUCCAGGAACAGAAAUAAAGAAGACAAAGAAGAAGAAGAAGAGAAAGCCACAUCUUCCAAAAGACUAUAAUCCCAAUGUUCUACCUGAUCCCGAGCGUUGGCUGCCCAAGUGGCAGCGUAAAGGUUACCGCAAGAAGAAGGACCGUCGCGCCAAGGAUGUCAUGAAGGGCACACAGGGAGUGUCAAGUGAAGCUGCUGACAAGUUUGACAUCACCAAAACUGCUGGACAGCAUAAGCCAGCCCAGGCUGUGGUCAGCCCACAACCAGAGUCUCAGGGACCGCGCCGCAACAUACUCAAGAAGAAGAGUGGCGGCAAAAAGAAGAAAGGCAGUGCAUGGUAGUGAGAAACACAUUAGCAAGACAAGUGAGGGCUGUUCAAGGUCUAUCACAACCACAUGUAAUGGGCGACACUUUUUUUUUUUUUUUUUUUUUAUCACUCGUUCUCAAAUAAAAUAUACAGUGUAUCUGUAUAGUUUUUCUACUGAUCAUAAAUUUCUCCGGCUAGUUGGCAAAGUUAGCUUGGUCUAGGGUACUCAUUUGCUGGUGUUGGACAGUGAUGCUAUUUGAGCUUUAGCAGGUCAUGUGACAAGAUGUGCAUUACCUGGAUAUGAUUAGUAUGAAUAUGGCAGGAAAAGAUGGCUAUGUAAUAUAACACACUUGUUCUCACUACUGUAAUAUUCUCCUAUGAUAGGAUAAGAUGAUGUUCUUAUAGGAAUUAUCUUCAUAAAUAAAAUUACAUUAAUUAAAAA